AAUCAGAUGUGGCUUUUGAGCCCCAGAAAUCAGAGCUUUGUCAUAUAAAUACUGUGUAACCCUAGAUUUGAACGCAGAGUUCUCUUGAAAAGCAGGAGUCUUGAAGACUUAAAAGCAAUCUUUUAGACGACGUUUCUCAUUUUCUGACUAAGCGCUGCUGAUAACAAUGAACUUCCAGUUGCUUCUGCUGGUCUUUGCUGUGGUGAUUGCCACUAACAUCCACUGUCAAGCACAACCUCCGCUUGGAAAUUCAAAUAAAUCUCCAGCGGUCAAAGGUCAAGUCAUAUCCAGGCAACAGGGCAAGACAUGCAACUGCACUGGUAGAAGAAAUGCACUGGAGCAGAACAACUGUCCUUGUGAGCUGCAACGUCAAUAUAGAAUCCUCAGUAAAGAGCAGAAAGCUUUGUGCCUAAAGAAGGGGAUUUCGACAUUUAAAAAAUGUCAACAGCUGAUUGGAGGAAAUAGGAAGGAGAAAAAAGGCUUCAGUAUGCCGAUUUAACUCUCAGUCACUAUACUCACAAACUAUUAACCCCCAUAAUUUUAAACAUGUACUUAUAAUAUCACACCACUUCUUAAGUAGUGUAUACUGGACUAUUUUUGUAUCUUUUAUAUUCAUUAACAUUUAUACUAGUCAAUGUUCUACAUUCAUGUUUUACAAUUGGAAAAAAAAGUACAUACUGGAAAAAGACAUGCAAGUGCAUUUAAAAAUAAAAAAAGAGAAAUUCAUUUGAAUAGUUUACUUUUAUUUGGUCUAUAAAUAAAGUGUAUAUCAUUUCACGUUUUGAUCUCUUAAAUAACUGUAAAAUGCAUUUAUAAUUUGGAAAUAAUCACAUAGAAGGCAUAUGAUAUUUCUAAAAGAAAAGGUCACAGAGAGUCACAUUUGGGAAGCAAACAGAAAGGUAAUUUGGAUAAUUGGUCAUUCGGAUAUGUAAUUUGCCUAUAUUUGCCUGAAUUUGGAGCAUGUUAGCUUUUCAAGAUAGAGAUUUAAAACCAGAGCUACAAAUUAGAAAAUAAGCCAGCCUUUAUUAAUUUCAGCAGAUUUAAUUACAGUAUAGCAUUCAUGUCUAAAAUUACUGUCCAAUUAAUGAUAGUAAUAAAUAUAUCAAAGAUACAGUGUUUAGAAAAUAAAUAUAUAGGCAAAUAAUGUAGUAGGAUUAAUUAAAAUGUAUGACUGUUAAAAUGUUUUUUUGUUUUAUUUUACUUUGCACUUGCCAAAAGAGUGUUUGGUUAAUAAAUGCUCAUACUUGUCUUUA